ACAAGAAGUAGACAAGAAAAUCAGUAAAACCCAAAUAUCCAACUAUGUUUGCUCUUCACAGGAACACAGCAAUGACAGUAUCUUUAUCUAAGCACUGGCACUGUUUCUUUGCUUUUCCAUCCAAACUCUCGAAUUUCUCUCCCAAUUUCAACACUACGUUCUCUUCCAUUAUCGCUAAGCGCCAUUUCAAUCUAUUUGCUCUAUACCCAUCUUGUAACUCCCGUAAUCCCCGCUAUGGAAAUAGGAUUUGUGGGGUAUCCAACGCGAAUAUCUCUGCGGUGGCCACCAAUUUUACUGAAACAGCCACUAUUUCGGAGGAAGAAGAAAAAUAUGGUGAAGCACAGAAUGGAAAAAUUGUUCUACCCACUAAUGAAUCGUCUGAGGGACUCCUCAGGAUUCGCCACACGGUAGAUUGUAGAAGCCAACAUAUUCAUUUUUCUGUUCAGUGUGCUCAUGUAAUGGCCAUGGCUGUGCAAAAGCUUUAUCCAGAUGCAAAAGUGACCAUUGGUCCGUGGAUUGAGAAUGGCUUUUAUUAUGACUUUGAUAUGGAGCCUUUGACGGAUAAGGACCUUAAGAGAAUUAAGAAGGAAAUGGAUCGCAUCAUUGGUCGAAAUUUACCUUUGGUACGAGAAGAAGUUAGCAGAGAUGAAGCCCAGAGAAGAAUAAUGGCUGUUAAUGAGCCGUACAAGAUGGAGAUUUUGGAAAGCAUCAAAGAGGAUCCUAUCACAAUCUAUCAUAUAGGUACACACUUGCUAUUUCUUUUAAUGCCUGCACAAAAGAAGGUAGUGUGUAUGAGCACGUGUGCGCUUAUGGCUUGUGUGGUUGAUGAGGCUAUUAAAGAGGAUGAGGAGUUUCAAUUCCCUGCUAGCUGCUUCAUUAUGUCUAAUGACUUCACCAGAAAGAAGUUUCAACAGAAACAUUUUGAUAGUACCCCUCUUUACUCAGCUUCAAUGUUGGCUUCACUGCUGAAUACAGCAAUGGCGGUAUCUUUAUCUAAGCACUGGCACUGUUUCUUUGCUUUUCCAUCCAAACUCUCGAAUUUCUCUCCCAAUUUCAACACUACGUUUUCUUCCAUUAUCGCUAAGCGCCAUUUCAAUCUAUUUGCUCUAUACCCAUCUUGUAACUCCCGUAAUCCCCGCUAUGGAAAUAGGAUUUGUGGGGUAUCCAACGCGAAUAUCUCUGCGGUGGCCACCAAUUUUACUGAAACAGCCACUAUUUCGGAGGAAGAAGAAAAAUAUGGUGAAGCACAGAAUGGAAAAAUUGUUCUACCCACUAAUGAAUCGUCUGAGGGACUCCUCAGGAUUCGCCACACGGUAAUACCAAAGGAGCAUCCAUUGAGGGCUUGUGUUGUACUGAUUUAUUGCAAACUUAGACUCUGUAGUAAUAUUAGGCUUCAGAGAUUCAUACUUGGCUAUAAUUUGUCCUGUGCUCAUGUAAUGGCCAUGGCUGUGCAAAAGCUUUAUCCAGAUGCAAAAGUGACCAUUGGUCCGUGGAUUGAGAAUGGCUUUUAUUAUGACUUUGAUAUGGAGCCUUUGACGGAUAAGGACCUUAAGAGAAUUAAGAAGGAAAUGGAUCGCAUCAUUGGUCGAAAUUUACCUUUGGUACGAGAAGAAGUUAGCAGAGAUGAAGCCCAGAGAAGAAUAAUGGCUGUUAAUGAGCCGUACAAGAUGGAGAUUUUGGAAAGCAUCAAAGAGGAUCCUAUCACAAUCUAUCAUAUAGAUACUUAUCUAAUUGAUUUUAUAAUGUUGGAGUCUAGAUAUGAAAGAAACUACCAUAUGCCUGCACAAAAGAAGGUAGUGUGUAUGAGCACGUGUGCGCUUAUGGCUUGUGUGGUUGAUGAGGCUAUUAAAGAGGAUGAGGAGUUUCAAUUGACUGAAGAAAUCAAAAAGGUGUUUAAGAAGGUGAUUUACUUGAACUCAAGCAAAAGACAAAUUCCAAGGCUUUUAGCAAGGCCCGGUAUCCCCUUAACAAUUUCCUUUUCGCAUCCUGCAGCCCUUUAUUUUUACGAUGAUGCUGAUAGACCCCCCGUCAUCCACAUAUAUUCUAGAAGAUCUAAGAAGAUGCCCAAUUGUGUUCUUCUCCCUCCACCGAUGCUUAAACCCUUAAGGCUUUGCAUCAUGACUUCAGCCCUAAUGACUGGUUUCAGCCCACUAAUAACUCUGCCUUCUAUCAUUGCUUCAGAACUUGCCGGCAAUGGAGCUGCAAGUACCUCAAAUUGCCUCAUUCCACGGAAUCUAAUGACAUUUAGAGGAACAGAUUCAGAGAAGCUGGAGCUUGAAGCAAACCACGUACUGUUCAUAAAAGAAGAAGCUUUUCUAGCUUCUGUCCCUUCUGCUGAUGGCAAAUCUGCCAAUAAGAUGCAGCAAUGGAGUUGUGAGUAUAGCAGUGAUGUUUACCAGGACAUAUUAAUAGAUGAAGCUGGUGGAGGGUUAGUGUUCUGGCAUCCCAAGGGUGCUAUUAUGAGGCAUAUAAUUGAAGAUGCCUGGAAAAAGAUGCACAUACAACAUGGUUAUGAUCUGCUGUAUACUCCACAUGUGGCUAAAGCAGAUCUUUGGAAGAUUAGUGGUCAUCUGGACUUCUACAAAGAGAACAUGUUUGACCAAAUGGAGAUUGAGGAAGAACUUUAUCAGCUUCGACCAAUGAAUUGCCCUUAUCAUAUAUUGGUUUACAAAAGGAAGCUACAUUCUUAUAGAGAUUUCCCAAUCCGGGUUGCAGAGCUUGGAACGGUAUAUAGAUACGAAUUGUCUGGAAGUUUACAUGGCCUUUUCCGAGUGAGAGGAUUUACCCAGGAUGAUGCCCAUAUAUUCUGUUUAGAUGAUCAAAUCAAAGAUGAAAUCAGGGGGGUCCUGGAUCUCACGGAGGAAAUGCUGCUAAAAUUUGGGUUUGACAAAUAUGAAGUUAACCUCUCGACUAGGCCAGAGAAAGCUGUAGGAGGUGAUGACAUAUGGGAGAAAGCAACAUCUGCUCUCAAGGAUGCUUUAAAUGACAAAGGGUGGAGUUAUCAGAUUGACAAAGGUGGCGGUGCAUUCUAUGGACCCAAAAUUGAUCUCAAAAUAGAGGAUGCUCUUGGAAGAAAGUGGCAAUGCUCAACCAUACAGGUUGAUUUUAACUUGCCUCAGCGCUUUGACAUUACUUAUGUUGACUCAAAUCAAGAAAAGAAGCGACCAAUCAUGAUUCACAGAGCCAUUCUUGGAUCCUUGGAGCGAUUCUUUGGAGUUCUGAUAGAGCAUUACACUGGAGAUUUCCCGUUAUGGCUUUCUCCAAUUCAAGCUCGAAUUUUACCUGUCACCGACACACAGCUUGAGUUCUGCAAUGAGGUGAACAGGAGACUGAAAGGCCACGGUAUUCGCAGUGAAGUAUGCAGUGGUGAGCGCCUACCGAAGCUUAUAAGAACCUCGGAAAAGCUAAAGAUCCCAUUGAUGGCAGUGGUGGGGCCAAAAGAGGUUGAAACACAGACCGUAACAGUAAGAUCCAGGUUUGGUGGAGAAUUGGGUUGCAUGGACAUUGAUGAUUUUAUCAGCAAAAUGAAGCAUGCAAUUGAAAACGGAACAUUCUUCUGAAAAUGAACAUCCAAAAUCAAGAAAUAAACAGGUAUGGUAUUCCACUCUCUCUGCAUGAGCUCACACACAUAUUAAGCUAAUUAGAUUAGGUCUUAAAAGAAUAUUCUAAAUGAUUAUUUUACACACAUAUUCUUAUUCAUUUGUUAUGAUUUUCAACACUCUCCAUCAACUCUAAAUCCUUUUAUGAGCAAAUUUCGCAACUUAGUUGUCCAUCUUGUCA